AUGGGCCAUCCAAGUCAAUCCAAUAAUAACUGGAGGAGUAGUCAGGGUCUUAGGGAUACAGGACCAAGUUUUGCACAAAUUCUAGCAAAAACACCAGCUAAGUCACAUACUCCUCUAAUGCUCCCCUCACAAAAGAAAGAACCUAGUCCUCAACUAAACAUAGACUCUCCUCAGGAAAAAAAGGUUAUAACCAUUGUUAUAACUAAAGGUAGCUCUGUGCCAGUGCACCAGCCAACCCAGCUUAGAGAUGCAGUGAACAAAGCUAUGGGCAAGAUAGCAAUUUCUAGAGUUCAUGUCUCACCCAGAAAUAACCUUGUUUUAACCUGUUUUAAUUCAAAUCCUGAAGAACUGCUGAAGGAUCAAUCCAAGUGGGAAAAUGUUUUUGCUGGAUGGCCUAUUUCAAGAAUUCAAAAGUUUGAAAAUUGGCCAACAGUUGUUGUUCAUGGAGUUCCAGCAUCUAUUCCCAUCACAACUAUGCCACAAGAGAUUUCAUCAUUCAACCCAAAUAUUUCAGUUCCUAGGGUAGUAAGAUGGCUUACAGGCCCCCCUAAGGCAAACCAUGGAUCAAUUGUAGUCACAGUUGGUUCAGAAGAGGAAAAAAGAUCAAUUCUCCAGACAGGGAUACUCAUUGGAGGCUUACUACUUAAGGCUGUAAACUUUCAACCAAGUACUGAGAGAACUCUUUGUACUAGUUGUCUGAAAUAUGGUCAUUCUAAGCUCUCCUGCAAGAGAAUUCCUCAUCAUAAAGCAAGUCUGCUGGUUGACUCACAAGUUAUAGAAGAAUUUGGAGGCACUUUUCAUAGAUGCAACUCUAAAAGUAUUUCAAUUAUUGACUUGGCUUUUGCUUCUAAUUUUAGACAUGUAUCCUGGCAUAAUUGGCAUUAUGGGGAAAGCACUGGCUCAGAUCAUGAAGUUAUUUUCUUCCAAGCAGGAUUUCCAAUUUCACAAAAUCAGUAUUCAUGUUUACCAGCAAGAUUUAAUCUCAAAAAGGCUGAUUGGAAAGCAUAUAGGCAAAAUCUUAUAUCAAGUGAAGAGAGAUCCAGCCUACUUCUCCAAGAAGCUAUCCGGACAGAAAACCAUGACCUGGUGGCCAAAAUACUUGAGAAUAUCAUUUUAAAAGCAACACAAAAUGCAAUACCUAGAUCAAAACCAUCUAAACAUUCUAAGGCUUGGUGGACAGAUGAACUAACUUGUCUUAGGAAAGAAUAUCAUGCCCUAAAAAGAAAAGCUAAGAAGUCAUGGUUACCUGAAGACAUUGAAAAUGCAAGAGUAUCAAGAAACCACUAUUUCAGAAGUAUCUCCUUUAGCAAAAAAGAGCAUUGGGAAUCUUUCCUUGCUGAGGCCAAAGAUAGAAGUCUAUUCACAGCCUAUAAUUACUCAAAUCCGAAGUUUCAUCAGCCUUCUCUUAUUCCAACUCUGGUUUACAAAAGCCCUGAAGGGGAUCAAGUGAUAGCUUCAAGUUUUGCAGACAAGUGUAAUGCAUUAGUCCAAUCUCUGUUUCCUCAGAAUAACCCACUACAGACUCAUGAAAACACUGGGGGAGAUAAUACAGCAUUAGUUGAUGCUGGAGUUCUUUCUGAUCCAUUUGAAGAGGCAAGUAAUUCAUCAUGUUUAUCCCCUAACUCGAGAUCAAAUUCAUUUGCUAUGCGUAAUCCUUCAGUUCAACAAGGUUUAAAGCAAUACACCUGGCCUUCUCUGAGCCUCACAGAGCUCUAUCAAGCAGUACCAGACAAGAAGACUUCUCCAGGGAAGGACUCAAUUGACUGGACUAUGAUCAAAUAUGCUCUAGAUGCUAUCCCCCAAUUCUUCCUAACAGCAUAUACCUUUCUAUUUCAAUGUGGGAAACAUCCAUCAGUAUGGAAAGAAUCCAUUGGCAUUAUCAUCCCAAAGAGAAAUAAGCCAGAUUACUCAGUUCCCAAAGCUUACAGGCCUAUUUCACUGAUUUCUUGUCUCUCAAAACUCUUAGAACGGAUAUUUUCACAAAGAAUUUCAUUUUUAGCUAAUAUUCACCCUGAUAUCCUUCAUCCUAGUCAGAUGGGAGGUAGAAAACAAAGAUCUGCUGUUGAUGCAGUCCUGUUCCUCCAAAACUUUAUAGAAAACAGUCUUUCUAAGAAUAAGGUUGUUUCCUCUGUUUUUCUAGAUAUAAUGGGGGCAUUUGAUCGACUGCAGCCAAGUAAGCUCAUAGACAUCCUCCAGAGAAAACAUUUCCCAGCUUGCUUUAUUUCCUGGGUUGAUUCUUUUCUUUCUCAAAGGAAAAUUUCUCUCCUUUUCAAUGGGCAGCUAAGUCAUGUUUACUCUGUAACAGGUGCUCCACAAGGAAGUCCUAUCUCACCUCUUUUAUUCCUUAUUUCAAUCAGUGAACUCUUCUCUAAUAGUCCAACAAGCAAUGCCCUUGAAGUUUCAUAUGUUGAUGAUAUUUGCAUUUCCUACAGCUCUUUUUCAGUUGCUAAGAAUGUGAGAGAGAUUCAAAAAUAUCUUCAAUCCUUUUUCUCAAGAGCUGAUUCCCUUUCUAUUGUUUUUGAAAAAUCCAAAUCAGAGCUUAUCCAUUUUUCCAGAGGCAAAAAAACAUUUAGCAAUUCUCUCCAAAUUGAAGAUUUCUCCUUAGAACCUAAGACUACAGUCAAGUGGCUAGGAAUAUGGUUACAGAAUAAUCUAAAAUUUAAAACCCAUGUAGAAAAAAGGGUGCAUCUUGCCCAAGGGGCUAUGCAAAGACUCGUCCAACUUUCUUCCAAAUCUAAAGGCUUAGGAUUUAAUGCACUCAGACAGCUCUACCUCAGUUGUGUCAUCCCUGUGUUAGACUAUGGCUCAGUCCUAUGGUAUAGCAAAUAUGGUACAGAGAAGCUAUCAAAUAUGUGUGAUAAAAUCCAGAAGCAAGCCAUUCUAAAAAUAACAGGUGCCUAUAGAUCUAGUCCAAGUAAGGCCUUGGAAGUUGAGGCAGGCCUGCUUCCAACUAGAGUGAGACAUUAUAAGAUAGCUUCUUUUUUUGCAAUGAGAAUCUUCAAAUUUCAAACAAAUCACCCUUUAUAUCAUACUCUUUCAUCUAAUCUUACUGAUGAGCUUGCACUUCCUACUGAAAAGACUGACAUAGGCAUGCUUGCUUUCUUGGUGGAUAAACCAAGUAGUCAACUACAAAGAAUAGCCAGUAUGCUCAAGCCAAGUUCCAAGUUACUAAACUUGGAGACCCUCAAUGCCAAGUGGAUGCCCCCCUGGAGAACAGAGAAUAUUUCUGUAUCUAUUAGUUGCUCUGAUAAAACAAAAGCAAAAGAAGAACAUCUUUCAUUAUUUCAUUCCAUUCCUUCCUCAUUUUAUAUUAUCUACACAGAUGGCUCUUUAGUCAAGAACAAGGGUUGUGGAAUAGGCAUAGCCAUGUACCUCCCAUAUACAAGGGAGCUCAAGUGCCUCUCAUUCUUUCUAGGAAAGAACAUUGGUAUUGCUGACGCCGAGACUUUUGCAAUUUAUAAAGCACUUAGACAUCUGAUUUCUUUAGAUCCAAAUGCUAAAUGUUAUAUUUUUUCUGAUAGUCAAGUAGCAUUGCAGAGAAUUACUACAGCCACCAAUUUCUAUUCCUUCAAAAUCAGAUCCCUGAGCCGCAAACUGGAAGUCCAGCUGCACUGGUGUCCAGGACAUUCAGGAAUCCAAGGAAAUCAACUAGCUGACAACCUAGCAAGGAAAGGUUUAGAUCAAGCUAUUAUUAAGAGGGAUCAGUUUACAUCACAUUCAUUUUUAAAAGAGCAAAUCAGAAAAAGAAUAAUCUUAGCCUGGAACUCUGACUGGACUAAGCAAGUGCUUAGAGAGGAAGAGGGUAGGAAGGCUGUUGGCCUAGGAAGAUUUUACAGGAUUUCUGCAAGGCAGUCAUCCCCAAUUUUUAAAUUAAAAUCUAUUAAACUUCAAAGAUACUCCAGGGGAACUCAGUCUUCAUAUUUCCAGGCAAGAACAGGGAUUGGCAACACCCUGGCCUAUCUCAAGCUGAUUGGAAAAGUGAGCAGUGACAUGUGCAACUUCUGUCACAGGAAGAAGCAGACCAUGCAACAUCUGUUGUUACACUGCCCCCAAUUCUCAGCAGAUAGGAAAAUGGCAUAUGAAGGGCUAGAGCCUCUUAAUCUGCAAAUACUUUUCAAUACUAAUGUUGGCAGGGAAAAGCUGCUUAGAUUCCUCGAGAGUUCUAAAUGCCUAACCCUGGAAAAAGAAUAA